AUGAUGAAGCAACCUGAAGUAUGGGGCCAUGGUUCCAUUGCCAUUUUUAUAACUAUUGCAGCCAUACUUGUGUUUGGUCCAUUUGUGAUGAGUCCUAUUUCACCACCAGGAAUCCCUUUGCUUUUGGUGUUUCCGGUGGUUCUUGCGGCCAUUGUGAUCUUUCUCAUCGUAUUCUCCAACUGA